AACGGCGGACGCGAUUUGAAGCGGACUAUGAUGUAGUUUCUUUUACGACACGUCGCUUUCUGGGAGGCGCCAUAAACAUAUAAAAUUCACCACGCGCUGCCGCUAACGUGUAGUCAACCGUCGUCGCCCGCCACAAUGGACCCUCUCCUCGCCGCUGCGGAUGCCGCCGCCGCAGCCUCAGACGCGACGCGUACCCCACCUAGCUCCCCGCCAUGCGCCGAAACACCUCCAGCGAGCCGUCUCUGGGGUAUCAGCGAUAUACACCUCUCUUUCAAAGGCAACCGCGAAGCUCUCGAGAAGCUCCUCCCGCACCCGCACGAUGACCUGAUACUCUGCGGCGAUGUCGGCGAGUCCGCAGAGCAUUGCCGCAUAGCCUUCACCAAGGUCAAGGAAUGCUUUCGCCAGGUCUUCUGGGUGCCAGGGAACCACGAGCUAUAUACGCUUCCCUCGGAGAAAGACCACGGCGCGAGAGGCGAGGCGAAAUACAUGGAGUGCGUCGCCAUUGCGCGCGAGUAUGGCAUUCUCACACCUGAGGAUGGAUACACUUUGUGGGAGGGCGAGGGAGGCCCAUGUCUCAUUGCACCCAUCUUCACCUUGUAUGAUUACUCCUUCCGACCCAGUAAUGUGAAGCUAGAAGAUGCUCUCGACUGGGCGAGGGAGGAAGACAUAGAAGCGACCGACGAGCACCUGCUGCAUCCGGAUCCCUACUCGUCGCGUAUCGAAUGGUGUAACGCUCUCCUCGACAAGACAGAGAAGAAGCUCGCGGCUGCCGUCGCAGCGCAUCCAGAUAUCCCACUGAUAAUAGCAGGCCACUGGCCGCUCCGGGAAGACCUGGUGAAACUCUUCAGAGUCCCACGCUUCUCACUGUGGUGCGGCACCAAGAAGACGGAAGACUGGCACAACAAAUACAACGCGAAAAUCGUCGUCUCUGGCCAUCUGCACAUCAGGAGAACAGACUGGAUAGACGAUACGCGCUUUGAAGAGGUCAGUCUGGGAUACCCAAGACAGUGGCAUGAUUGUCAGGAGCGAGGUCUGGACAUUAACGACAUGCUCCGUGAGCUAAUGCCAGGCCCCGACACACCACCAAAAGAUCAGCGGAAUACUGUCUGGAGACAGUUCGGAUGAUUGACUGCAUCGCGGAAUAUGAUCACCCAUUUUUCCGUUCGAUAACCGCCAUCAUGCAUUGUGUCCUCCAGUGACUGUAGGUAUGUUUAAUGCUCCAACCAGCCCAUGCCAACGCGUCACCAUCUCCGUGUCUGCUACCAUAAACCUGAUGCAUUUCUUGUUUUGUUUCUACUUGCUCCCACACGUUAUGUUCACCUCCCCUGCACCUGCCUGAUAUGGUCUCGGCUUAGCCUCGGCCACGGACCAAUUGUUCGGUCACGAUCAACCACGCGAUUUUUUCCUAUUCGCCAGCAAAGCACCAUCCUGGCCCUCAAUCUGUUCGAUCGACAUCUUGCGUUACCGUCCGCAGAUGUUUCCUCCGAGCGUAGACAUGCACGUCUUGAGUCGUCCCGUGCC